UAUAGAUGUAUAUACCUACCCAGGGACGCUUGCUCAAAAAGUAAAUACAUUAGAUUCGCUCGCCUCUGAUCUCUCUAAUUUGGAUUUUGGACCAAGGGCACCCAGUUGACAGACUGUUGAGAUCCUCCAUAUACAAAAACCAAACACAAUGCACGCGACUGUACUCGCUCUCGGUUGGGCAGCCACCGCCGCAGCUCGCGCAGACUCUGCCAGCCUCUCGGUCGGCGUCACCAUGGUCCACGCUUCGCUGCUCGCCCUCGGCUGGGCCGCACUUGCCAGCGCUCACGACACCCAGAAGCAGGUCCCCCUGGCCGGUCCCCUCGAGUCCGUCUGGUACAACACUCUGCCUGGAGAUGGAGGCACUCAGGCCGACUCUGUGUUUAGCGGAAUCACGACUUUCGGCCGUCUGCCUUAUGCGCCGUGCUUGAAGGACUCGAGCGUCAACUAUGACAUUGCUUUCAUCGGCGCCCCAUUCGACACUGGUACUUCGUACCGUCCUGGUGCUCGCUUCGGACCAUCGGGCAUCCGUCAGGGCUCUCGUCGCCUCAACCUCUACGGCGGAUACAACGUGCCCUUGGCAGUCAACCCCUUCAACAGCUGGGCAAGGGUCCUGGACUGCGGUGACAUUCCCGUGACAUCAUACGACAACACCUGGGCGCUCCGCCAGAUUGAGGAGGGCCACCACCAGAUCCUGAGCCGCGCCCCGGCUACCAAUGCAAACAAGGCCGGCCCGGCUCUGCGCUCCAAGACCCUCCCCAGGGUCAUCACCCUCGGUGGAGACCACACCAUCACCCUGCCCCUGCUGCGCUCCAUCAACAGGGCGUACGGGCCCGUGUCUGUCAUUCACUUUGACAGCCAUCUCGACACCUGGAAGCCCAAGGUGUUCGGCGGCUCCCCCUCCGAGGUCGCAUCCAUCAACCACGGCACCUACUUUUACCACGCCUCGAUGGAGGGCCUGCUGCACAACGACACCAACAUCCACGCCGGCAUCCGCACGACGCUGAGCGGGCCCUCGGACUACGCCAACGACGGCUACUGCGGCUUCGAGAUCGUCGAGGCCCGCGAGAUCGACACCAUCGGCACCACCGGCAUCAUCAAGCGCAUCGUCGAGAGGGUCGGCACCAAGAACCCCGUCUACUUGUCCAUCGACAUUGACACCCUCGACCCGGCCUUUGCCCCCGCCACCGGCACCCCCGAGACGGGUGGCUGGUCGACCAGGGAGCUGAGGACCAUCCUGAGGGGUUUGGAGGACUUGAACCUGAUUGCUGCGGAUAUUGUCGAGGUUGCGCCUGCCUACGACACCAACGCCGAGCACACCACCAUGGCCGCCGCCGAUGUGCUGUACGAGGUCAUGAGCAUGAUGGUCAAGAAGGGCCCGCUCAGCAACAUGAUUGAGGAGGAGGCCAUUGGUGACUUGUAAAGCGGACCAGUCGUCGGUAAAUAUCAACGGCGAGUGGAGGGUGGUGUUGUGCAUUUUUGGUCGGUUCCACAAUGCAUUGUUUGAGGGAUUGCACAAGAAACACUGGUCGAAUGGGUGGCAAUAGUGAUAUACAAACAAGUUAUUUCAAACAAAUGCAUGAUAUUUUCAGCUCGA